GUUCCUGUUCAAGGGCCGGAAGCCGCCGUUCGCGCCCCCCCCAGCGGCCCCCAGCGUCCCCCGCCUGGAGCAGGAUGUGGUCCCUGCCGAGCGCGAUGACCCCGAAGUCAUCCGGGACAGCACCACGCACUACUUCUCGGUGCGGCUGCCGGCGGGGCAGGAGCCGGGCUGCGCGUGGGUCGGGUGGGUGACCCCCGGCUUCCACCAGCACGAGGCCUCCUUCGAGCUGGGCCGCGUGCGCAGCGUCACCGUCACCGUGGGCGACAGCCAGGGCCACGUGCACCACAGCAUCAAGCACAGCAACUGCUACAUGGUGUGGGGCGGGGAGUUCAGCAGCAGCCAGCAGGGCCGCGUGAGCCACAGCGACCUGGUCAUCGGCUGCCUCGUGGACCUGGCCACCGGGCUCCUCACCUUCACCGCCAACGGCAAGGAGGUCGACACCUUCUUCCAGGUGGAACCCAACACCAAGCUCUUCCCGGCCGUCUUCGUGGUCCCCACCAGCCAGAACAUCCUGCAGUUCGAGCUGGGCAAGCUCAAGAACAUCCUGCCCAUCUCGGCGGCCAUGUUCAGCAGCGAGCAGGGCAACCCGGAGCCCCAGUGCCCCCCACGCCUUGGGGUGCAGAUCCUGACCCCCGUCACCUGGAGCCGCCUCCCCAACGAGAGCCUCAGCGUGGAGACGGCGCGGUUGGGCGAGCGCCUGGGCUGGGCCGUGGAGUGCACCGAGCCCCGCAUCAUGAUGGCCCUGCACAUCCCCGAGGAGAACAGGACCCUGGACAUCAUGGAGCUCUCGGAGGAGCUGGAACUGCAGCGCUUCCAGCAGCACACGUUGCGUCUCUACUGCGCCGUGUGCGCCUUGGGCAACAACCGCGUAGCGCACGCGCUCUGCAGCCACGUUGACCAGGCCCAACUCCUCUUCGCCAUCGAGAGCCCGGAACUGCCGGGUCCCCUCCGAGCCGGUUACUACGACCUCCUAUUGGCCAUGCACUUGGAGGCUGCCCAACGCGCCUGCUCUUCCAUGAGCGCCGAGUUCAUCGUACCCAUCACUCCCGCCACCAAGAGCAUCGCCUUGUUCCCCAACGGCGCCCGCGUACCCGCGCCGCCCGGCGUCGGCCCCGGCGUCUGCCUCCGUCCCCGGCCCCACUUCGCCGAUCCUUGCUUCAUCCUCGCGCCGGGCAACGGCAAGACCCAGUUGAGUCCCAGCAUCCCGUUGGGAGAGCUCGGCGCUCGCGCCAUCCGGAUGCUGGCGGAGGCGGUGACCGGCGCGGCGCCGCACGCUCGCGAUCCGGUGGGGGGAAGCGUGGAGUUCCAAUUGGUGCCCGUGUUGAAGCUGGUGUCGGCGCUGCUGGCAGUGGGAGCCCUCGAGGAGGAGGAAGUGAGGAAGGUGUUGAGGAUGAUCGACCCCCGGGUCUUCGGGGAGAUGAUGGAGGAGGAGGAGGAGGAGAAGGAGGAGGAAGAGGAGAAGGAGAAGGGAGAGGAGGAAGAGGAGGAGAAGGAGAAGAAGGAGGAGGAGGAGAAGGAGGAGGAAGGCCUGCAGGAGGGGCUGCUGCAGAUGAAGCUGCCGGAGUCGGUCAAGCUGCAGAUGUGCGAGCUGCUGCAGUUCUUCUGCUCGCGGGAGCUGCAGCACCGCGUCGAGGCGGUCGUGGCCUUCUCGGAGCGCCACGUGCGGCGCCUGCAGCGGGACCAGCGCGGGCGCUACGGGCGCCUCAUGCGGGCGCUGAGCAUGAGCGCGGCGGAGACGGCGCGGAGGACGAGGGAGUUCCGCUCCCCACCGCAGGAGCAGGUGAACAUGCUGCUGCACUACAAGGAGGGCCCGGACGAGGAGGAGUGCCCGGUGCCCGAGGACAUCCGGGGCGAGCUCCAGGACUUCCAUAGGGACCUCCUGGCCCAUUGCGGGCUGGAGCUGCCCACGGAGGAAGAGGAGGAGGAGGAGGAGGCGUCAGUGGGGCAGCGGCUGCUGGGGCUGGUGCACAAAGUGCUGGGGCGCAGGGGGGGCCCCAAGGAGGAGGAGCCCCCCCCCGAGGAGCCGCCGGCACCCAGCUCCCUGCAGGCCCUCAUCUCUCAGACCAUGGUGCACUGGGCUCAGGAAUCCUUCAUCCAGAGCCCGGAGCUCGUCCGGGCCAUGUUCAGCCUCCUGCACCGCCAAUACGAUGCCCUGGGGGAGCUGGUGCGGGCCCUGCCCCGCGCCUACGCCCUCAGCUCCCGCUCCGUGCCCGACGCCACCGCCCUCCUCGAGAGCCUCAGCCAGAUCCGCUCCCUGCUCAUCGUGCAGAUGGGGCCCGAGGAGGAGAACCUGCUCAUCCAGAGCAUCGGGAACAUCAUGAACAACAAAGUCUUCUACCAGCACCCCAACCUGAUGCGGGCGCUCAUCCCAGCCGUGAUGCAGGUCAUGGUUGCCCUCAAGGAGAUCCGCUUCCCCAAGAUGGUCACGAGCUGCUGCCGCUUCCUGUGCUACUUCUGCCGGAUCAGCCGCCAGAACCAGCGCUCCAUGUUCGACCACCUGGGCUACCUGCUGGAGAACAGCAGCAUCGGCCUCGGGAUGCGGGGUUCGACCCCCCUGGACGUGGCGGCCGCCUCCGUCAUCGACAACAACGAGCUGGCGCUGGCGCUCAAGGAGCAGGACCUGGAGAAGGUGGUGACGUACCUGGCCGGCUGCGGCCUGCAGAGCUGCCCCAUGUCCCCAAUGGGCCCCAUUGUGGUGACGUACCUGGCCGGCUGCGGCCUGCAGAGCUGCCCCAUGCUGCUGGCCAAGGGCUACCCCGACCUGGGCUGGAACCCGGUGGGGGGCGAGCGGUACCUGGACUUCCUGCGCUUCGCCGUCUUCGUCAACG